AGCGCCUCUUCUCUCAAACAGUGACGUCUCUCUCUCUCUCUCUCUCUCUCUCUCUCUCUCUCUAUCUCUUUCUCUCUCUCGCUUCCUAUGCCGUGUUAACCAAGAUAAAACCCUUCUCCUCCGACCAUCCACCUUUCUUGCCUCCCCUGACACUUCCCCUUCAUCUCAAAACCUGUCAGGACACAAGAAGCUCUAUUCCCUGACCUCUGUUCAAACUUUCUUUACUGCAGCAUCCUUUAGCUUCACGGAAAAGAGAAGAAAACCACACUGGCCAAAGAGAAACAUGAGGAAUCUCUAUCCCAAAAACAAAGGUAAAGUAUACCCUUCGCCCUCCUCUUCGUCUUCUUCUUCCACCACCACCAUUCCCAACUGUUCUUCUCCAAGUAGAGAUGCUCUAUCUGUGCUAAAGUUACUCCCAGCAGCCAUUCUUGCUUUGGCUUCUGUUCUUAGCUUGGAAGAUCGAGAGGUUUUGGCUUACAUGAUAACCAGGUCCAUGAAGACGACAACGAGCCCAUCUUCGAUGGUUGAAGAGAAGAAAAAGUACAAGAAAUCUUCGAACACCCAUAAGCCUCCCUUAUUCGACUGUGGGUGCUUCGAUUGUUACAGAAGCUACUGGUUCAGGUGGGAUUCAUCGCCCAAUCGAGAGCUCAUACACCACGUCAUUGAAGCAUUCGAAGAGCAUCUGAACAACGGUGAGCUUUCUAAGAAGAACAACGGCAGAGGAAAGAAGAAGGAUAGGUUGAGCCGUCGUCGGGUUAUUGAGAAAAUCGAUGUCGAUAGACCGGAAAGUGAGAGAUUUGUGGUAUCGGAGAAAGCGACUGAGUCGCUGGAGAUGGAGCUGAAGCCGGAGAAGGCUGAUCCAUUGCUGGAUGUUGAUGCCUUUGCAGUCAUUGUGUCUGGCAGGGUUGAAGAGGACAACCAAAUAAAAGAAGAAGAAGAAGAAGACGACAUCAAAUGUGGUAACAGGAGGAACACGACGGCGGAGGAGAUGGAACCGGAACUACAAGUGCCGGCGGCGAGUGGCGACAACAACCACCAGCACCACAAGGGAUUGGCCAGGCAUGUUAUACCGGAUGUGUUGGGAUUAUUGAAUUCGCGUUUGUGGAGUCUUUGGAGUCCAUCAGUUUAAUAUAAUAAAUUUUAGUAGAAUUUUCGAGGCA